AUGGAUUUAACUGAAUCGGUUUUAAUUUGUCUUGGUGCGGCAGUUGCCGUCUACUAUGGAGUGAAACUGCUGCUUUUCAAUAGGAUACUUUUUCCAAAAGUGUGGUUUCCGCUGGCAAAGACAUUCUUCACAUCUACGGGAGAGUGGGCAGUGGUGACCGGUGCUUCAGAGGGCAUAGGGAGAGCAUAUGCAUUUGCGCUGGCUGAGCAAGGGAUGAGUGUGGUCAUCAUGAGUAGAACCAAAGUGAGACUGGACCAAGUUGCCAAGGAAAUAGGUGAUAAAACGGGGCAGAAGGUGAAAGUGAUAGUGGCAGACUUCACAAAGGAAAAUGUCUUCAGUGAAAUCGAGGAUCAGCUCAGGGACCUCGACAUUGGGGUUUUAGUCAAUAACGUGGGCAUGCUGCCCAGCUACGUUCCCAGCAGGUUCCUCGAGUGUGCAGAGCUGGAGAAGACAAUUACAAAGGUGAUAAACUGCAAUGUGAAGACUUUGGCCAAGAUGUGCAAAAUAAUCCUUCCGGGCAUGGAGAACAGGGGGAGAGGGGUGAUUGUGAAUGUUUCGUCUGGAGUUGCCUGUAUUCCAUUUCCCCUGUACACUCUAUAUUCUGCCUCCAAGGUGUUUGUGGAAAGAUUUUCUCAAGGUCUUCAUGCCGAAUACAUAGAUAAAGGGAUUAUUAUACAGACAGUCGCCCCAUUUGGCGUCUCCACUCGCAUGGCCGCUUACCAACAAACCAAUGUCGUGACUUUGUCACCAGAAGACUUUGUGAAGAGCUCCCUGCAGUACCUCAGAGCUGGAGACAAGACACACGGCAGCGUCUGUCACGCAAUCAUGGGAUGGUUACUGCAGUCUAUUCCUCUCAAGAUCCUCCAUGCAGAGUCUAUGUUACACAACCUACGAGACUACGUCAAGAAGAAAACCGCACUUGCAGCGUCCAUCGCUGCGAGUCCACGUGCAACUUUUGAAAAUGGUAGAAUGAAAUAAACAGGAAAAAUCUGCAAUUUGGCAACUAAAUGAUCAAUAAAUAGAAUAUAUAUGUUGUAACUUGUUAGAGUAGUUUUGUUAUUAUCAUUAGCUAUGGUAGGAGCGUUGUAUACCGACUAAUCUUAACCCAAAAAUAGUUUAUUGAAUACCAGGAAGAGACCAUGGUCCGUGCAUGUAGUCAAUUCAGUGCUAGCAAUAUCUAGUUUGUCAGUAAAUCAGUUAAGGAGUUGCUUUGGUUCGAUGUCAGGCCUCCCAGGUGCCUGGAGCCCCUAAAGACACUCUCAACACUCUCUGGUGUAAACGACUGUUUGGUGACAGGGUGAUCAGAUAUUAACCCUCGACAAUAGAAAGUAGGUGCACAUUAAAAGUCAAACCAAAUACUGACCUGGUCAGUGUCUUUAGAUUCCACUAACGCUAUAAUCUGGGUUUACGUGAAGCUCACUCAAUUUUAUCGAUUAUUCUUUGACACGUUUUUUUUUUUAUUUACUACUUUAUUUGCUUGUUAAAAUAUUAUUUCCUGACAAGUAUUGUCUAAAUUUCAGGACACAUUAUGAGUAAUGCACCCCAGGAUCUUGAUAUUGAUGUUUGCUGAUGUAUUUUUUUUAUUCUUAAUGUACAGGGAGUUUAAAACCUGUUUAAUGAAACAUAAUUUAUUCUUAUUAUGGAGUAACAUAAUUGCACAUUUCCCUCAAUUUGAUUCUGAUUAUUUCCU